AUGGCCAAGGAUCUCCUCACACCCAAGACAAACCACGGCGACUGGCGCGACUUCUUCUUCGAGCAUGGCUACGCCAUCCUUAAGAAAUCUAUUACUUCUGAGCGGGCUGAGUACUACAAAUCAAAGCAGAUCGAUUGGCUCAAGUCCUUCAACCGCGGGUUCGACCCUGAGAACGAAGACACGUGGACCUCUGAGCACCUCCCUGUAUCCUUCAAGGGUGGCAUGUAUGGGUCUUACUGUGCCCCGCAUGAGCGAUUUGUAUGGGAAGCGCGAAUCCGGGCUGGACUUACGGAAAACAGGGAGCCAGGAGUUAUGAACCCAUUCAUCCAUAUUUGGGAGACGGAGGAGCUGCUAGUCAGCUUCGAUAUGUUCAACAUCACGCUUCCGCGUCAAAGGGAUUUGAAAUGGUCGCCAUGGCCUCAUUGCGACCAAGAUCCUAAACGCAAAGGACUGCAGUGUGUCCAAGGGCUACUCAACUUUGCGCCGAAUGGAGACAAGGACGGCGGGCUGAUUCUGAUGGAUGGCUCAGCCAAGCUUUUUGACCAGUUUUUCCAAGAGACUAGAGUCAUGGCGAACCAUGAAGAUGCCCCGCCGCCAGAGGAGAACUACCGUGACCUCUUCAUCUUCAAAGAGGAAGAUGUAGAGUGGUUUGAAAAGCGCGGAUGCAAGCUUAUCAAGCCAAACUUAGAGCCUGGCGACUUGGUUCUAUGGGACUCUCGAACUAUGCACUACGCUAAGCACCCUGAGGGCAGCCAGAUUCGUCAUGCUCAAUAUGUGUGCUUCACUCCGGCCAAAUUCGCCGACUCCCAGAGCUUGAAGGAGAAGGCGGACAUCUUCCGGUCUUGGGGGGCACGACGCACUGGCCUCACACCAACAUUCACCCUCAAGGGAAAGCAAAAAGGGAUGGAGAGGGAGGAGCCUUUGGAGAAGCCAGUGGUCACAGACAGAUUGUUGCAGUUGGCGGCUCACAAGGCAUAUUAA